CAACAACAACAACAACAUGAACGAUGUAGACAGAGCAGACCACCCCGAUGCCGCCCCCUACUCCUUCUCCCAGUACCACAGUGUACACAGCAAGAAGCUGAUGCCAGAAGACAUGGACUUCGCCCUCAUCGGCAGAGAGGUAGAAGACCUGAUACGCCAACUAGAGCGACUGAGCGCCCAGAUGAUCGACUGUCUAGAACACUUCGACCCGUCCCUCCACCAGCGGCCCCUCACCGUGCUCAUUGGGAACCUGGUGGACCAGUGUGAGAGACAGAGGGAGGAGAUGCACGUCGACUCGCAGAGGAUCACACAGAUGCUUAAUGAGGUCUCAUAG